CAAAGCUUUUCCAAGAGAGAAAAAGAGGAAGUCUGAUCGUUUCUGCCUGUGCUGGCUUUUCACUUGAAGGCUCCUCUCUGGAGCAUCUAGCCUUCUUCAGGAGUUAUUCGAAAGCUGAAACUUUCAGUGCUCGCGGGCCUGGGAGAAGAAGGAGGGAUUCCGAGGGUGGGAUUGGGAGGAGAGCAAGCGAGCGUGCGUGCGUGUCUCUCUGUGUGUGUGGCGGGGUGGGGGCGUCGGGGGGACCUUGGGGACUCCGCGAAGAGGGCGCACCAUGGCCGUGCCGGGCGAGGCCGCCCGAGUCGGGGCCAAGCCCGGCCACGCAGAGGCGAAGCCGGCCCCCGCGGCGGGCCCGGACUGCCACCGUCGCGCGGGCCCUUCAUCGCCCCGGGACCCAGGCUGCCGCGGCUGCUGGGGCGCCCUGGUGCUGCGGCCACUCCGGCGCUCGCAGAAACUUUCCUCGGCGCUGUGCGCGGGCUCCCUGUCCUUUCUGCUGGCGUUGCUGGUGAGGCUGGUCCGCGGGGAGGUCGGCUGUGACCUGGAGCGGAGUGAGGCGGCGGCGGCGGCGGCGGAGGAGGAGGAAGCGGCCCCGGGAGCAGAAGGGGGCGUCUUCCCGGGGCCUCGGGGAGGUGCUCCCGGGGGCGGCGCGCCGCUCGGCCCCUGGCUGCAGCCCUCGGCGCUGCUCUUCAGUCUCCUGUGUGCCUUCUUCUGGAUGGGCUUGUACCUCCAGCGCGCCGGGGUGCGCCUGCCUCUGGCCGUCGCGCUGCUGGCCGCCUGCUGCGGGGGGGAAGCGCUCGUCCAGAUUGGGCUGGGCGUCGGGGAGGAUCACUUACUCUCGCUCCCCGCCGCGGGGGUGGUGCUCAGCUGCUUGGCCGCCGCGACAUGGCUGGUACUGAGGCUGAGGCUGGGCGUCCUCAUGAUCGCCUUGACUAGCGCGGUCAGGACUGUCGCCCUCAUUUCCCUAGAGAGGUUCAAGGUCGCCUGGAGACCUUACCUGGCGUACUUGGCCGGGGUGCUGGGGAUCCUCCUGGCCAGGUACGUGGAGCAAAUCUUGCCAGAGUCCACGGGGGCGGCUCCGAGGGAGCAUUUCGGGUCCCAGCUGAUCGCUGGGACCAAGGAAGAGAUCCCGGUGUUUAAGAGGAGGAGGCGGUCCAGCUCCGUGGUGUCCGCCGAGAUGUCGGGCUGCAGCAGCAAGUCCCAUCGGAGGACCUCCCUGCCCUGCAUCCCGAGGGAACAGCUCAUGGGGCAUUCAGAGUGGGACCACAAACGAGGGCCAAGAGGAUCGCAGUCUCCAGGAACCAGUAUCACUGUGGAUAUUGCCGUGAUGGGCGAGGCUCACGGUCUCAUCACCGACCUCCUGGCAGACCCUUCUCUGCCCCCAAACGUGUGCACGUCCCUGAGGGCAGUGAGCAACCUUCUCAGCACACAGCUCACCAUCCAGGCCGUUCACAAGCCCAGAGUGAACCCCAUCGUUUCCUUCAGUGAAAACUAUACCUGCUCUGAUUCUGAAGAAAGCUCUGAAAAAGACAAGCUGGCUAUUCCCAAGCGCCUGAGGAGGAGUUUGCCGCCUGGGUUGCUGAGACGAGUUUCAUCAACUUGGACGACCACCACCUCAGCCACGGGUCUGCCCACUUUGGAGCCCGCCCCUGUCCGGAGGGACCGUAGCGCCAGCAUCAAACUGCAUGAAGCACCUUCAAACAGUGCUAUUAAUCCAGAUUCUUGGAAAAACUCAGUGAUGAUGACUCUUACCAAAAGCAGAUCCUUCACUUCAUCCUAUGCUGUUGCUGCCUCUAACCAUGUAAAGGCUAAAAAGCAAAAUCGACCAGGUUCCCUAGUGAAAAUUUCACCUCUUUCCUCACCCUCUUCCUCACCUCUCCAUGGGACCCCUGCCAGCAGCCCAGUCAGCAAAAUUUCUGCAGUGCAGUUUCCAGAAUCUGCCGAUGCAACUGCCAAACAAGGCCUAAGUUCUCACAGGGCCAUAACUUACACUCAGAGUGCCCCUGACCUUUCUCCUCAGAUCCUGACUCCACCUGUUAUAUGUAGCAGCUGUGGCAGACCAUAUUCCCAAGGGGCUCCUGCUGACGGGCCCCUGGAGAGAAGUGGGGCAGCCAUUCGGACACCAAGCAGAAGCGAUGACACCACUCAAGUUACCUCUGAUUAUGAAACCAAUAACAACAGUGAUAGCAGUGAUAUUGUACAGAACGAAGAUGAGACUGAAUGCCCCAGAGAGCCUUUGCGGAAGACAUCAGCUUGCAGCACCUAUACUCCCGAGGCCAUGAUAUUCCUGGACAAACCAAUUCUCGCUCCUGAACCUCUUGUCAUGGAUAACUUGGACUCAAUUAUGGAGCAGCUAAAUACUUGGAAUUUUCCAAUUUUUGAUUUGGUGGAGAAAAUAGGAAGAAAAUGUGGGCGUAUUCUUAGUCAGGUAUCAUACAGACUUUUUGAAGACAUGGGCCUCUUUGAAGCUUUUAAAAUUCCAGUUAGGGAAUUCAUGAAUUAUUUUCAUGCUUUGGAGAUUGGCUACAGGGAAAUUCCUUACCAUAACAGAAUCCAUGCCACCGAUGUCUUACAUGCUGUUUGGUAUCUUACGACACAACCUAUUCCCGGCCUCUCAACUGUGAUUAAUGAUCACGGAUCAGCAAGCGAUUCAGAUUCUGACAGUGGGUUUACACAUGGACAUAUGGGAUAUGUAUUCUCAAAAAUGUGUAAUGUGCCAGAUGAUAAAUAUGGAUGUUUGUCUGGAAAUAUCCCUGCCUUGGAGUUGAUGGCCUUGUAUGUGGCUGCAGCCAUGCAUGAUUUUGAUCACCCGGGAAGGACUAAUGCUUUCCUGGUUGCAACUAGUGCUCCUCAGGCGGUGCUCUAUAAUGAUCGUUCAGUUUUGGAGAAUCAUCAUGCAGCUGCUGCGUGGAAUCUUUUCAUGUCCCGGCCGGAAUAUAACUUCUUAGUUAACCUUGACCAUGUGGAAUUUAAGCAUUUCCGUUUCCUUGUCAUUGAAGCAAUCUUGGCCACCGACCUGAAGAAACACUUUGACUUCGUAGCCAAAUUUAAUGCCAAGGUGAAUGAUGAAGUUGGAAUAGAUUGGACCAAUGAAAAUGAUCGUCUGCUGGUUUGUCAAAUGUGUAUAAAGUUGGCUGAUAUCAAUGGGCCAGCUAAGUUUAAAGAGCUCCAUCUUCAGUGGACAGAGGGUAUUGUCAAUGAAUUUUAUGAACAGGGUGACGAAGAGGCCAGCCUCGGGUUACCAAUAAGCCCUUUCAUGGACCGUUCUGCUCCUCAGCUGGCCAACCUUCAGGAAUCCUUCAUCUCGCACAUUGUGGGUCCUCUCUGCAACUCCUAUGAUUCAGCAGGACUGAUGCCAGGGAAAUGGGUGGAAGACGGUGAUGAGUCAGGAGACACCGAUGACCCAGAAGAGGAGGAGGAGGAGGAGGAAGCACCAAACGAAGAGGAAACCUGUAAAAAUAGUGAAUCUCCAAGAAAGAAAACUUUCAAAAGGAGAAAAGUCUACUGCCAAAUAACUCAGCACCUUCUGCAGAACCACAAGAUGUGGAAGAAAGUCAUUGAGGAGGAACAGAGGUUGGCGGGCAUAGAGGAUCAGUCCCUGGACCAGUGCCCCCAGCAGCAUCCCUCAGAACAGAUCCAGGCCAUCAAGGAAGAAGAUGAAGAAAAGGGGAAGCCGAAAGGAGAGGAGACCCCAACCCCAAAGCCAAACCAGUGACAAUGGAUAAAUGAGCUACGUUUCCAAACAGAGUGACUUGUCACAGACUCUUUUCAAGCCAGCACAACACUUAGACACAACACUGUAGAAAUAUGAGAAGAUGGGCAAACGGCUAUGGCAUUUUGGGAUUCUUUGCAUUUUAUGUGUUUAUUUUUACAGUGAGGUACAUGGUUUAAAAAACUCUCACUCAGAGAAGCUUUCACAUUACAACACCAGCUUCUAAGGAUUUUUUUAAAGGAAGAAGUAUAUAUGUGU